CUUGUCUCCGCGUCGCGACCUUGUUCAGCAACAAAUCCUGCUUGCCCCUAUCCACCCUUGCUCACAAGUAUGCCCCGUCCUAGGCGGACUACGCGCAGUGAGGCCUCAGCGUCGGUCACUACGACGUCAGCGACUGUGUCUCCAUCGUUCAGCUCCAAGAGCUCGAAACAGUCUACACCCGCAACGUCGAUAGCCGACGAGGCAGACAAGCCGGUGGUCCAGACAAGAAUGUCCGCAAGGAAAAGUGUUGUUGAGAGCAAGAAGCGUGCCCGAGAGAGUGAUGAGGAAGCCGAAGAAAUGGCUAGCAAGACCGGCACAAAACGCAGAGUGAUCAAACGUGAAGUCUACGUAGAAAUCCGGGUUCCUUCCAAGAAGUCCACCGCUGCUGUCGCGGGGUCCUCAAAAGGGGCUAGGCAGCCGGCUGCCAUCAAGACUGCGAUCGAAGUAGAAGAGAGCGUUGACGAGGUCCCAGACAGCGAGGAAGAAAAGGAGCUCGUGCUCGAGUCUGACGACAGUGGCUCUGAGUACGCAGCUUCUGAUAUCGACGAUGUGCCCGAGGACGAUGAGAGCAACCACUUCGACGAGGACUAUGUCGAGCCUAUCGACGAUGAAUACGUCGCGGAGGGCAUCGACGACGAGGACGUCAUGGUGGGAGCUGCCAUUCAAGCGUCCCUUGAAUCUGCUCGGCAGGACGAUAGUCGUAACGCAGGCAUAUCCAGUGCAGGCGCAAGCUCAUCGAAGCAGCGGCCCUCCACCAGCUCAGCAGCGGCCCUUCGAGCCGCUGCCGCAGAGCGUCGCCUAGCCAAAGAACGAGACGGAGCGUCUGUACAGUCUCAGUCCGAGCCCGAGUCCGAGCCCGAGUCCGAGUCCGAGGAUGAGCGACCACUCGCCAAGAGCAAGGGCAAAGGAAAGGCGAAAGUCUCAGGCGCGCUCGCGAAGCUGGCCGAUACCAGUGAACCGAGACAUAUGACGUUGGCCGAGCGAAAGCAUGCUCGCAAGCUCGCUAGAAUGGAGAAGUCAGAAGUCAAGCAAGAAGAGCAAAAGUUGCGCUACAAGCUCGGCCGUAAACUGACUUACGCCGAGAAGUCUACAAUCGCUCUGCAGAUUCAUCACCCAGAGCUCAAGGACGUCUGGGGUAGUCUUGAGAGAAGUGUUGCCAUCGUUGAGCCGAAGAAGGCGGAAGCACCUCCUGGCCUCAAGAUUAGCCUCCUGCCGUUCCAACAGGAAGGUCUGUACUGGAUGAGGGAGCAAGAGAAGGGCCCUUGGAAAGGAGGCAUGCUCGCAGAUGAGAUGGGAAUGGGCAAGACAAUACAGAUGAUAUCGUUGCUUGCGUCUGAUGCUGGGAUCAAGCCGAACCUUGUCGUUGCACCGACCGUCGCUAUCAUGCAAUGGCGCAACGAAAUUGAAGCACACGCGGAGGGCUUCAAAGUGCUAGUAUGGCACGGAGCUUCCAGGGACUCCAAUGUCAAGACCCUCAAGAGCUACGACGUGGUGCUCACUACGUUUGCCGUGCUCGAGAGCUGCUUCCGAAAGCAAGAGAGUGGCUUCAAGAGGAAGGGCAGGAUCAUCAAGGAGAAGUCGCCGGUGCACAGUAUUCAUUGGCACAGGAUCAUCCUUGAUGAAGCGCAUAAUAUCAAGGAAAGGGCGACCAACACAGCGAAAGCCACGUUCGAGCUGCAGGGUACAUUUAGGUGGUGCCUGUCCGGCACACCUUUGCAGAACCGUGUGGGAGAGCUGUACAGUCUCGUACGGUUCCUCGGUGGCGAUCCCUUCUCGUACUAUUUCUGCAAGCAAUGUCCGUGCAAGUCCCUGCACUGGAAGUUCUCUGAUAAGCGCAGUUGCGAUGACUGUGGACACAGCCCCAUGAAGCACACAUGCUUAUGGAACAACGAAAUUCUGACUCCUAUUCAGAAGAACGGAAUGGUCGGCCCUGGAGAAACUGCUUUCAAGAAGCUCAAGGUCUUGCUUGACAGAAUGAUGUUGCGUCGUACGAAGUUGGAGCGUGCGGAUGAUCUCGGUCUACCACCUCGCACUGUAAUCGUGAGGCGGGAUCACUUCAGUCCCGAGGAAAAGGAAUUGUAUCUGUCGUUGUUCUCGGAUGCUAAGCGGCAGUUCAAUACCUACGUUGAUCACGGUACCGUCUUGAACAACUACUCCAAUAUCUUCAGUCUGCUUACUCGCAUGCGACAAAUGGCCUGCCAUCCCGAUCUCGUGCUGCGGAGCAAGACCAACGCGGGGACCUUCUUACAAGACGACCAAGGGGAAGCUACCGUCUGCCGGCUUUGCAACGAAGUAGCCGAAGACGCCAUCCAGGCGAGAUGCAGACACAUCUUCGACCGUGAAUGCAUCAAGCAGUACCUGAACACAGCCAUAGAAGCGAAUCCCGCUUGCCCCGUGUGCCAUCUACCCCUCACCAUUGACCUCGAGGCUCCUGCGCUGGAUCUUGAGCAGAAUGCGAAGCCGCGUCAAGGCAUCCUCGGUCGCCUGGAGCUGGACAAGUGGCGCUCGUCUUCGAAGAUCGAGGCGCUUAUCGAGGAACUCGACAACCUCCGGCGAAAGGAUUGUACCACGAAGAGCAUCGUGUUCAGCCAGUUUGUGAACUUCCUUGACUUGAUUGCCUAUCGGCUGCAGAAGGCUGGGUUCACUAUCUGCCGUCUGGAGGGAACAAUGUCUCCUCAGGCCCGCGAUGCAACGAUCAAACAUUUCAUGAACAACGUUCACGUCACGGUGUUCCUGGUCAGCUUGAAGGCUGGAGGAGUAGCGUUGAACUUGACCGAGGCGUCUCGCGUCUUUUUGAUGGAUAGUUGGUGGAACCCAGCGGUCGAGUAUCAGGCCAUGGAUCGUAUACAUCGACUUGGUCAACAUCGGCCAGUCGAGGUUGUCAAGUUGGUCAUUGAGGACAGUAUUGAAAGUAAGAUCGUACAAUUGCAAGAGAAGAAAGCAGCGAUGGUAGAUGCUACACUCUCAACGGAUGAUUCGGCUAUGGGACGCCUCACUCCCGAGGAUCUUGGCUUCUUGUUCAGGCUGUGAUUGCAAAUUUGGCGACUGAAAAUGUCGAGAAAUCGUGCCCGAGUCCCAAGUCCCAUCAACGUUCCGCUCUGUCUUGCUGCAUCGCUGUCGUAGGUCCGUUAACGUCUUAAUUAUUGCCUGCUUGGCGCAUAGAACUACUCUUCACGAAAUUGUAUGUGGGCUUUCUAGUAUAUAUACAAAUUUGAGAUCGAUG